AUGACCUCCUGCAAUCCUAGCUUGGAGCUGAUGGAGCCAAGGCUCAAGCUGAGCAGGGAGAGCACGGUGCCGCUGGUGAACACGACGGAGUACAGGCGCGUCAUCAAUGGACUGCGCUAUUUGCGCGUGCUUCGGUACGCGGUUGGAACACGUGACUAUGGCCUUUACUUCACCAGGAAGGAGGAAGGGCGGGCUCGGCUUGUUGGAUACAGCGACGCCGACAUGGCGGGCGACAUCGACACGCGGAAGAGCACGAGCGGCAUCAUCUUCUUCCUCGACGACAACCCCAUCACUUGGCAAUCUUCCAAGCAGAAGGUGGUAGCUCUGUCCUCGUGUGAGGCAGAGUACAUUGCAGCAGCUACGGCUGGUUGCCAAGGCGUCUGGCUAGCUCUGCUCGUGACUGACAUGGUCGGCAUCGGGCCUGGAGUGCCGAAGCUCAAGGUGGACAAUCAGUCCAUCAUCGCCCUCAGCAAAAACCUCAUUUUCCACGACCGAAGCAAACACAUUGAUAUACGAUUCCACUACAUUUAG